UCCCUCUCCCUGCCUUUAUAAUUCCCCGACCCCAUUCACCUCACAGACACACCACUGCUUCAAGAAACCACCGAGUCCAAGCGAGAGGCAAGAGGGGCGAGAAUGGAAGGGAAGGAGGAGGAUGUGCGCCUGGGAGCGAACAAGUUCUCGGAGAGGCAGCCCAUCGGGACGGCGGCGCAGGGCGCUGGGGACGACAAGGACUACAAGGAGCCCCCGCCGGCGCCGCUGUUCGAGCCCGGGGAGCUCAAGUCCUGGUCCUUCUACCGCGCAGGGAUCGCCGAGUUCGUCGCCACCUUCCUCUUCCUCUACAUUACCAUCCUCACCGUCAUGGGCGUCUCCAAGUCCACCUCCAAGUGCGCCACCGUCGGCAUCCAGGGCAUCGCCUGGUCCUUCGGAGGCAUGAUCUUCGCGCUCGUCUACUGCACCGCCGGCAUCUCCGGAGGGCACAUCAACCCAGCAGUGACUUUCGGUCUGUUCUUGGCCAGGAAGCUGUCCCUGACUAGGGCCAUCUUCUACAUAGUGAUGCAAUGUCUGGGGGCCAUCUGUGGAGCUGGAGUGGUGAAGGGCUUCCAGCAGGGGCUUUACAUGGGCAAUGGAGGUGGUGCCAACGUAGUUGCCAGUGGUUACACCAAGGGUGACGGCCUUGGUGCUGAGAUUGUUGGCACCUUCAUCCUGGUCUACACCGUCUUCUCGGCAACUGAUGCCAAGAGGAACGCCAGGGACUCCCAUGUUCCUAUCCUUGCCCCACUGCCAAUUGGGUUUGCGGUGUUCCUGGUCCACCUUGCCACCAUCCCCAUUACUGGCACUGGCAUCAACCCAGCAAGGAGCCUUGGCGCUGCCAUCAUUUACAACAGGGAGCACGCCUGGAAUGACCAUUGGAUCUUCUGGGUCGGUCCCUUCAUUGGUGCUGCCCUGGCUGCCAUCUACCACCAGGUGGUCAUCAGGGCCAUCCCGUUCAAGAGCAGGUCUUAAGGUACCGCUGCCCUGCAGAGACAUGCCAGUCUGAAGAACGAGCAUCUUCAUAUGAUGUCUUGUUUGCCCGCGCCUACUAUAUAUCUGUUGAUCCUUCGUCUCUCUUCAAGACUGCUGCACCGUUUUGUUCAGUUAUGUGAACCCAGAACUUGUGUAUUUCAGUACCGAACUGUGCAUGCCUUUUUUUUAUGAAGAUUUAAGUUAUGAUCACUCGUUGCUUUAGUUUC